AGCGUCCACUAUGGAUCAACACAAUGCCUAUAAUACUACAGCCAAUAUUGCCCCUGAUAUAGCGAAGAUCAUAUUUGAUGUCAUACAACAGUACUAUGGACUCUUUAUGCUGUUUAUUCUAUUUGUUGUAUGCCCAUUAACAUGUUUUCUUACGGAAAAAUGUCGACAAUGUGUGGCCCCAAGCAAGUUUAGAAAGAAAACUAAAAUGAACUCUGGGGAAGGAGAUAAAAAUAAGUCCCAGAGUGGAUUUAAAAGAUACUGUGACCAUAUAAUGAUGUUGAUGUAUCAUAUUGCGACCAGGAACACAAAAGUUGGACCACCAUCUAGUGAUUUUCAAAUAGCUCAGGAAAAUCUCAUUGAAAACCUCCCACAAGGACUAAGAACCCCUUCAAAAGAUGAAAACAACAAUAGUACAUGUAGUAGUGAUGCCCAUGAUCAAAAUAACAAGGAAAAUGUAGAAACCCCACGCAAGAUAUCCCCAACUCAUGUCAUCAAAGGUAUUGAUAACAAUACAAUGUUAAAGCAGCCAAAGGAGCUUGAUGAAAACAAUGUGUUUAAUGACCAGAUUAAAAAAUCUAUGUAUCAUAUUGAAAAGAGAAUCAAUCAUACUGAGGAUAAGGUUGCACAUGUUCAGAUAAUUGUGGUGCCAAAGAUCACUGUUACGUAUGCCCAUACCAAAGAUUUGGAUUCUUCAAAUGACAGUGUGUUUCUACCUUGA